AUGAUGCUGCUCUACUCUGCACUCCUGGGCACUGCCCUGUUCCUUCAAUCUGGACAAUGUCAAUUCCAGCCUAUUUCCAUUCCUUCUCUUCCGAAGAAUAGCAACCCGGUUUCUAAUGACCUACAGGCAUUUUCUAUUGAAUUUGCCUUUUUCCCUGACUAUGCCGGCAACAAGUCACACCCAAACACGUUUUCCAAAACGUUGCUGGACAACUUCAAACAAAUCACCGGCGUGCUUCCAAAAGUGAGAGUAGGAGGGACUUCUCAGGACCAUUCCGACUACUUCCCCAACCAGAAAGAAAACGUCAAGCUCAUCUACGAGAAACCAACCGAUGACCAGCCAAUCCAAAUCAACUAUGGCCCCGGAUAUUUCGAAUCAUAUCACACCUUGGGGGACAUCCAGUUCCUGCACGGACUCAACAUGAACCAAAACAAGUCUGUGCAACAGCUCGAGAGUGCCGCAACAAAAGCGUGUACCUCCAUCGGUCCUCAGCUGCACCUCUUUGAACUCGGGAAUGAAUGGAAUUUUGCUCCUGGGAAGUACCGACCAGCCAACUAUUCACUUCUCGACUACUCCUGCGAGUGGAACCGCAAGGCUGCCGUCGUGAAAGCCGCGGUCCAGAAAGCGUGCCCUGGUCCCUUCCCGGGAUUCAUGGCUCCUAGCUUUGUCUUGCUGGACCUGGCGCUCAGUAAGACUACAUGGACAGCGGAGGGUCUCUUUCAUCUUGGGUAUGAUGAAAAGAACCUGACGAAAGAGCUUUCUUUUCACAACUAUAUGGGUGUCAACGCACCGCCCCUCCCUCCUGCAGGAUUUGACCUCCAGAAAACCCUGAUGAAUCACACCAACAUGGCCAAAAACCUGGCCCCUCAAAUCCAGCGAGCUCGGAAUCUCCAAUACCUCGGCCACCCCUUUACUCUUGGAGAGUUAAAUUCCAUCGCCAACCAGGGUCGCAAUGGUGAAACCAAUGUCUUCGGCGACGCGCUAUGGCUGGUUGAUUUCUCCUUCUGGGCCGCAGAACACAACAUCAAACGUCUUCACUUUCACCAAGGCCUGAACUACCGAUAUGCCUCGUGGCAACCGAUCACAAGCAAGGGAGUACCUCCAACUACCCGACCACCCUACUACGGACAGAUCAUGGUAGCCACUGCAUUGGGCCAUGCAAAGGAUUCACGGAUUGUCAAUAUCCCCUUAUCGGAAGAUACCGAGUCUGCCUACGCGAUUUACAACGGGAAACGACUGUCUAAGCUUGCUGUCCUCAAUCUCCGGGCGUUCAACCAGACUACAACAAAGACCCGCCCCGAUCGGAAGUACCUGUUCCAACUUCCGAAGCAUUCCCAGGAUGCCAAGAUCGAGCGUCUUACUGCCCCGGGAAGCGAUGCUUUGCAAAAUGUUACGUUUGGGGGUGUUUCGUAUGGCUAUGGUCUCAAGCAGGGGAAACCGGUCGUUGUUGAUUCAAAGGAAGAGAAGGCCGAUAUCAAGAAUGGCGUACUCAGCAUUGAUAUCCCAGACUCUUCGGCGGCUCUUGUCACAUUCCUUUAA